CUUCUUCUGCUUCCAUCUCUCUGUCUCCGGCUGUCUGUUUUCACAGAUUCACUUCUCACUGGGUGAGUCAGCAGUCACCCUUGUCCUCAGCUGCAGCAACACAACACUCGUGUCGUUUGUUGUCUCUCCAUUUCCGAAGCUCUUCACUUCAGCGCUUUCACAUUCCCCUUCUUCUAUGUAGCCCCACUUCCAACACAAACUACUACCACUACCACUGCCACUACCACUACCACUCAAAUGGGUUGCUUACACUCCAAAACCGCCCACCUCCUCCGCUCCCCCGACCACCCCUCUUCUCUACCCGACACCCACAAACCUGACCCGGCUAAUGGGGAUCCAGCUGCGGCGGCGGAUCCCCUGGUGCCGGCAUUCAAAGAGUACGGCGUCGACGAGCUCCGGAAGGCCACGAACGGGUUCAGCUCCGAAUGCAUUGUUUCCGAAAGCGGCGAAAAAGCUCCCAAUGUUGUUUACAGAGGGAAGCUUGAUGGCAAUCGCCUUGUCGCUGUUAAACGCUUCUCCAAGCAAUCUUGGCCCGACGCCCAGCAGUUCGUGGCUGAGGCUUCUGGAGUAGGGAAGUUGAGGCACAAGAGAUUGGUGAAUCUGAUUGGUUGCUCUGCCGAGGGUGACGAACGGCUCUUGGUGGCCGAGUAUAUGCCUAAUGAUACUCUUUCCAAGCAUCUCUUCCAUUGGGACAAGAAGCCAUUGCCAUGGGAAAUGCGUGUUAGAGUUGCAUACCAUAUUGCAGAGGCACUUGAUCAUUGUAAUACAGAAAACCGGAAGAUCUAUCAUGAUUUGAAUGCAUAUAGAGUUCUUUUUGACGAGGAUGGUGACCCUCGAUUGUCUACCUUUGGCCUUAUGAAAAAUAGUCGGGAUGGAAAAAGCUACAGUACCAAUUUGGCUUAUACUCCACCUGAGUUUCUACGGACAGGCAGGGUCAUCCCAGAGAGUGUAAUCUACAGUUAUGGAACUGUCCUGUUGGACCUUUUGAGUGGAAAGCAUAUUCCUCCAAGCCAUGCACUGGAUUUGAUAAGGGGAAAGAAUGUAUUGCUGUUGAUGGAUUCAUCAUUGGAAGGGCAGUAUGCGAAUGAUGAUGCCACGAAGUUGGUUGAACUUGCUUCCAAAUGUCUUCAGUCUGAGGCCAGGGAUAGAGGAGAUAUUAAGUUUCUUCUCACAGCCAUUGCCCCGUUUCAAAAACAGAAAGAGGUGGCAUCUCAUGUUUUAAUGGGCCUCCCAAAAAACACUGUUGUGGUGCCAACCAUGCUUUCUCCCCUUGGAAAGGCGUGUGCCAGGAUGGAUCUUACUGCUGUGCAUGAUAUUUUGCUAAAAACAGGCUAUAAAGAUGAGGAAGGUGCCGAAAAUGAGCUCUCAUUCCAAGAAUGGACACAACAAGUCCAAGAUAUGUUGAACACAAAGAAAUUUGGUGAUAUUGCAUUUAGGGAUAAGGAUUUCAAGAAUGCAAUCGAGUAUUAUUCCAAGUUGGUUGCUAUGAUAUCUGGCCCUCCAGCAACUGUCUUUGCGAGAAGAGCCUUCUCGUACUUAAUGAAUGGCCAAGCAGAGCUUGCUUUAAGAGAUGCGAUGCAGGCACAGGUAUGCAUACCAGAGUGGCCGACUGCAUUCUACUUGCAGGCGCUUGCGCUCUCAAGGCUCGGAAUGGAGACUGAUGCUCAGGACAUGCUAAAUGAUGGAGCGGCCUUUGACACAAAGAAACACAACGCCUGGCGUAACUAAACUUGUACACUUGGAAUGGAUAGAAUAGGUAGAGAAAGUCGUAGGCGAAAGUGAAAUGUGGGCUUUUUAAGAUCCAAAACUUAUGCUACUAAAACAAAUUGCAUGACAAUCCUUGAGAAUUCUAGUCUUUUCAUGUAAUUAUUCUUACCAUUUGAUUUUGUUA